AUGUUCUCUCCCUGGUGACGUAGUUUCUGUUUAGUCAACCGUAGAGUUUUACUCUUUCUUUGUCCGUCUGUAUUGUGUCUGCAGUUGUGUAUGAGUGUAUAUGCCUCUGACAAAGUCUGCCAUGGUGGGUCAGGCGAGCGUGCAUCAGGAAACAAAUGCAGUCAAAGACAGCACCCUGGCAGAAGAAGUUGUAGAUGGGACUACAGAGGAGGAAGGGAAGAUUCAGGUUCGUGGUCAAUGGGCCAGUAAAGCUGAAUUCCUGCUGGCUGUGGCGGGCCAGAUCAUUGGGCUGGGUAACGUUUGGCGCUUUCCAUACCUGUGCUACAAGAAUGGAGGAGGUGUGUUCUUUGUCCCGUAUCUCCUCUUCUUGGUGCUGUGUGGGAUCCCGCUGUUCCUCCUGGAGACGGCACUAGGCCAGUACACUAGUCUGGGAGGAGUCAGUGCCUGGAGAAGCAUCUGUCCACUGUUUGGAGGUCUGGGCUAUGCCAGUCAGGUGAUGAUUCUGCAUGGAUGUGUGUACUACAUCAUCAUUCUGGCCUGGGCUCUCUUCUACCUGGGCUGCAGCUUCCAGUCCAAACUUCCUUGGGCCCACUGCAACAACACCUGGAACACAGAGACCUGUGCAGUGUUUGAGGGUGAGAACAUCAGCGGACUGCCUCUGAAUGCGACCUCUCCUGUUAUGGAGUUCUGGGAGCGGGAGGUACUGAAUGUGUCUGAUGGAGUCGGAGAGUUGGGCUCUGUACACUGGAGACUGGCUCUAUGUCUGCUGGCGGUCUGGGUGGUCUGCUACUUCUGUGUGUGGAAGGGGGUCAAAUCCACAGGCAAGGUAGUGUACCUCACAGCCACCUUCCCAUAUGCCAUGCUGCUGGUUCUGCUGGUCCGUGGUGCGACCCUGCCCGGCGCUGUAGAGGGCAUCAUCUACUACCUCAAACCUAACCACACACGCCUCCAUGACCCUCAGGUGUGGAUGGACGCAGGAACACAAAUCUUCUUCUCUUAUGGUAUCUGCUUAGGCAGCCUCACUGCUCUGGGCAGCUACAAUAAAUUCAACAAUGACUGCUACAGGGAUACAUUUUUGCUGUGCCUGCUGAACAGUGGCACCAGCUUUUUAGCUGGGUUUGCCAUUUUUGCAGUGCUGGGCUUCAUGGCACAAGAACAGAACAUCCAUAUCUCUGAGAUAGCUCAAUCAGGGCCUGGACUGGCCUUCAUUGUCAUUCCACGUGCAGUGUCCAUGAUGCCCCUCCCCCAGCUGUGGGCUGUGAGCUUCUUCCUUAUGAUCAUCAUGCUGGGGUUGGACACGCAGUUUGUCAGUCUGGAGGCUCUAAUGACCUCUUUGACUGACCUGUACCCAGCUGUUAUCCGUAGGGGUCGGCGGCGGGAGCUGCUCCUGUUGCUCGUGUGUGGAAUCUGCUUCCUGGUUGGACUGGUCAUGGUCACACCUGGAGGCCUCUAUGUUUUCCAAAUCUACGAUCACUUCUCCUGCAGUGGAGCCAGCCUGCUGCUACUUUCCAUCUUCCAGUCUGUGGCCAUAGGCUGGGUCUAUGGACCAGACCGGUUUAGCAACAACAUCAAAAGCAUGAUCGGUUACCUGCCACCUUCCACCUUCAAGCUGUGCUGGCGCUACCUCACCCCAGCUGUGUGCACAGGGACAUUUGUGUUCUCGUUGGUGAGUUGGUCACCUUUAAAGCUGGGGAAGGGUGUGGUGGCUCCAGUUUGGGCUACAGCUCUGGGCUGGCUACUGGCAUUAUCAUCCGUGUCUCUCCUGCCACUGUGGACCAUUUAUGCCUUGAUGAACACUCAUGGAACCUUAAGCCAGCGUCUGCGUAUACUGUGUCAUCCAGUGGAGCGAUCACCCGCGGCCCGGAAAAACUCCAGUAAUGGCAUGCAGUUGACCUUUGACUUUACAACAACACCCAGGGAGACUGUGUUGAAUGUCUUGUAGCUGGCCAAACUCAAGUCUGAAAACUUAACAACAGUUUAAAUGAGUCUCACUGUACUUCUAGGGUCACUCUUAAAGCAAGAAGGUCAGUUGUCAAAGUUAAUGGGCAAGAAUAUGUUCCUAAAUGUUGACUUUGAUGGCUGUAUUAAUUCAUUUGAGCUUUAGUGACAGUAUUAUUACUGAGAGUAACUGUCUUGAGAUGCUGAAAAAGAUUCAGUUCUUUUUCACUUCAUUUGUCAUAGACUAUGGCAAAGAGAAAUUCUAACAGAAGACUGUAGUUACAGUAAUAGAGAUAACUGAAAGUUGGGAAUUCAAAGUGAUUUAUACAGGGAAAGCUGUUAUAAAAUUCUACAAUGCUGCAUUUUUUUUAGUGCCUCCACAUGUCAAACAAUGUCUUUAUUGAUUCUGCUUUGCACAUAUGGGCACUGGAACAGGCCUUCCCCAAACUGCUGUUGUAAGCAAAUAAUCUACAUGUCUUUACAUGCUGUAGCAUUAACAUUACCCUUCACCCAAACCCUGAAAAACAGCCCCAGACCAUUAAUCCACCUCCACCAAACUUUACUGUUGGCACUAUGCAUUCCGGUAGGUAGCAUUCUCUUGCCAUUGGCCAAACCCAGAUUUGUCCAUUGAACAUAGUCAUAUAGUGAAGCAUGAUUCAUCAGUCCAAAAAGCAAGUUUACAGUGCUCCAAAGUCCAGUGGCAGUGUGCUUUGCACCACUCCAGCUGACACUUGGUAUCGGAAAAUUGUAAAGCAAUUUUCUAACGUUCCUGUUUUUUGCUAAUGUUGCUUCCAGUUGCUUCCAGACCAAGAGAAUUUGGAUAAUUUCAUGCUCCCAACUUUGUGGGAACAGUUUGGGGAUGGCCCCUUCCUGUUCCAUCAUGACUGCUCACCAGUGCACAAAGCAGGUCCAUAAAGACAUGGAUGAGUGAGUUUGGUGUGGAAGAACUUGACUGGCCUGCAGAGAGUCCUGACCUCAACCCCAUAGAACACCUUUGGGAUGAGUUUGAGCAGAGACUGCAAGCCAGGCCUUCUCAUCCAAAAUUAUAUAAAGACUACUGGCUGCUUCAAGAACACUGUGCUAAGCUAGGAUUACAUUCCCUUUUUCUUUCUGUUAUCUCUAUUGCUGUUUUCCUCUGUUCCACAGCUUUGCAAAGCUGUAUGCUUCAUGGGCAUCCAAAGCCUCAUAUGCUUUGCAUGACUAAAAAGAGACUUUCUUGGGCAUGCAUCAGAAAAUUACAUACUGCAUAUGUGGAUCAAGCACAUGCCUGGGCCUUUGUGAGCUUAAUGAAGUACAAAUAACACUGAUAUUAUAUUUCAAAGCAGGUAGCCUUGUAAUUAACACUGAGUCAACAGCAGACCUGAUGUCAAAAUAGCCUUAAAAAAUGCAAUGAAGUACCUCUGAAAAACAGUUGAACUGACAUAAAGUGUUUCUGUUUAUAUGAUAAAGAUGUGGGUAAUAUUCAUAAAUGUUUGCAUUCUAAUUUUCUAUUUACUUCCAAUGCCAUUAAAGAUUGUAAUAAGAAAAUCUUUAAAGUAGCAUGACAUGAGGUUUACUUUGAUUAGUUGGUGGGAAUUAGUGCAGUGUGGUUUGAGUAGUGUGUAUGCCUUUUUUGGUUGGUCCCCAUGUGGAACAAACAAAAAACCAGGUUUAGUUUGAAGAAAUAAAAGAACAAAAGUUUU